AUGUCUCAGUCACACAAUCCAAAAGACAAUCAGGCUGUGCUGCAGUCCAUGCUGCAGAGACUGAAGCUCCAGCCAGGAAGAGAGACCCAGGCAACCCUGAACACAUCUGUACCCACCACAGCUACUUCCACACUGUGCAAAGAUGGAAAGAGUGGAGCCUCCGACUUCCAGAAAGUAAACAGUAGUCAUAUCAAUGCAUUUGAGUUUGGUGUAAAUGGUAUCCCCACAAAAAGGUUUGGGAUCUCUGCUGCAGACAGUAAUUUUGGCAUCAAAGACAGGGAAAGACAACAACCAGAACAGAGCUCGAAACUGGACAGCGUUCUUGUUUCCGUUCCCUCCCAUAAAGACAACACUGAUGGUGACACUGGUGUGAACAGGGUGUUGGGACAGGUCACCUUGCCUGGGAUCAACCAUGCAGGAACAGGGCAGCCGUUUCCUGCCAAAUCACUUAAGGAUGCUGAUAUCACUUCCUUUGAGAGGACUGAUGGUGAGAUACAAGGGGAAACAGGGAGUUUUGGCAGCAUAGCCGGUAAUAAAGAUGCUGUCACAACCACAGGACAGAAUCAGGAGCAGGGGUUUACACCCAGAGUCUAUGUGUGGUCCUUGAAGGGUGCAGAUAUUGACACAGGAGGUCAAGAGAAUAAAGUGUUACAUGUGGGAAAUGGAGAAUUUGGAGCUUUGGCACAAAGUAAAGACACACAGACUGUCCAGGCAAGCCAAAAAACAUCCAACAGCUCGCCCAGAAGAAAUCAGCGAACAUCUGAAAAUAAAACAAGGAGAUGGACUCAGAGGAUCAAGGAGAGAUGGAGGGAGAGGCCGGGGGCUUUUGGCAAAAAAGGAAAAGAGGAGGGACUGCCAGGGAUUGAAAGUUCACCUCAAAACCAGCCACUGACAUCACAACAUGUGAUCAAUACAUCAAAUGAGGAUGGAGAAAGGAUCGUCUCUCCACGAGACAGCAUUGAUACCAGUGAAACUAUUUCUGCACACUCAGAGGAACGCACUUAUGAUGGACAUAUCAGAUCUAGCGAUGACUUUGAGUUUGGCCUUGGCUCAUUCAGCUUACUGGAGGAGAUCACCACGGGUCAAGAGUGGGCUAAGUUCCUAAAACCCACCAUCUCAGCCAGUCAGUGGCCAUCCAAAGAGCAACAGAGCCAGCCCAAAAUCACACAUAAUCCUUAUAAUAGUGGUCAGUCCUCUAUGAUUUUGAACCAACAAGGAGGUGGGAACAACCAGUGGGAUGUCAGGGGAAGCAAGUUGUCACCAGUUUCAGAUUUCCGCAUGGCACAAAUAUCUCCUGACGCUUUCCUGUCGGCUAGCAUGGGCAUUGUGGAAGGAAAACAUGAUGCAGUUCAGGAUGUUCACAGCCGGGCUGAUCAGUUAGAACCAAUGGAUCAUGGUCAUACCCAAUUAAAUAUGCAAUCUGAAGAGAGAAGACAAGGAAGAACUCCUUCCUUUGUACAGUCUGCAGAUAUUCUGCUCAACCCAGCGCUGAAGAGCAGAGUCCACUCCAACAGGAAGAGACAGCAUCGGUCAGCUGAGAUGACAGAGGGGUCCACAUCUUCACUGAAUGUACCAAGCAGCCACGUGAUGGAAGAAACAGGAGAGUCACAACAUGAUAACGUUUUUCUAAACCCACCUCUUCUAUCACUCUCUCCAUCUUCUUUCACUCCUUAUGGUCCCACACCUCGAGGUGUCCUCAAACACUCCGUAUCUCAGGAUUCAGAGUCCUCAAUGGAGACGAUGACAAAAAGGAGGAGAGUUGAGGAGAACCGUCGGGUUCGUUUUUCAGAGCAGGUGGUGACUAUAGCACCACAGGCCGAGCUGGAUAUGGAUGUUACAGACUCAGAGGAGGAUUCAGUAGCAGAAGAGGACUCUAUCAUAGAGCAGGAGUUUGAGGUGGAGCCGGUACCAGUGGAGGAACAGGUGGCACCAGCACGCCGACCUGCUCUCCCUGCCUGGAUACUGGCUCUGAAGAGGAAGAACAUGGGGAAGAAGCACUGAUAGUGACUUGGGUGACUAAAUGAGGUGAAACAUUGAAAAAAUGCAAGAUUGUCUUUUUGUCUUGAGAGAUAUAUAAUGAAAAGAUUAUAUUUGGAUACCAUGUUAAGUUAAGUGUGUUGCAGUGUGCCAGAAGGUGUUUGCUGACAGGAUUACCAUUGCAGGACUUUCUGCUCCCCGUCACCCUCCAGGCCACACACCAGCACUUAAUCAAAUAUUGAGAGUAUUUCAAGCCUUUACACUGCUUGAGUGCUUCAGCAGCGGUUGUUAAAGAGAUCAAAGUGACUUGUCAGACUUUCCAAGCUACUCCAGAGGCUGAAUGUACACGUAUAAGACUAUGAUGUUGAGGCAAAAACUGUCAGUUUCAAUGUAUGUGGACUUUUUCUACCCUGGAUUGGAUAAUAUACUGCCAGUGUCACAUCAGCUGAAUCAGUGUUUAGUCCAGUAUUUGGAAUUAAUGUGUUUUACAGCUUUUUUUCAAGAGCAGUGCGUUGUCCUUCCUCCCCCCUCAAUUUCAUACUGCACAAAACCAGCGUCAC